AUGCCUCAUAGAAAUGUAGACUCAUUGACUGUGAUGAUUGCAGGAUAUGCACAAAAUGGAUUUGUUCAAAAGGCCUUGGAAACUUUUAAGCAAAUGCAGCUGGCAGGUGUAAAGCCAGACUCCACAACCUUUUCCAGCCUCUUCCCAACCUGUGCCAAAAUGGGAGGUUUAGAACAGGGUAUGAACGUCCAUCAAGACUUAAUUGAAAGAAGAUUCUGGGCAGAUGUCUCAGUUGCCAACACCCUGAUGGACAUGUAUGCUAAAUGUGGAAGGAUACACAAGUCAUCUGAAAUAUUUGGCAAAAUACUUAAAAGGGACUUGGUCUCAUGGAAUUCAAGGCUUGCAGGAUAUGCACAAAAUGGGUUUGUUGAAAAGGUUAUAGAAACCUUUAAUCAAAUGCUAUUGGCGGAUAUAAUGCCAGACUUCACAACCUGUGCCAGGAUCCUACCAGCCUGUGCAAAAAUGGAAGCUUUAGAACUGGGUAUGAACCUCCAUCAAAGCACAAUCAAAAGUGGAUUUCUGUCAGACGUCGUAACUGCAAAUGCCUUGAUAGACAUGUAUGCAAAAUGUGGAAGUAAACUCAAAGCACGUGAAGUGCUUAACAGACUGCCUUAA